CUUUUUUUUUUUGGCAAAAAUAUUCUUAUAUUCAGUAGAAGGAAGUAUUAGAAAGGUGGAGGGGCUUCCGCCUCUAACGUUCCCAUUUUAAAUUAAGACCUAGAAGGGGUACCCGAGUGUAAAUGUUUUAGGAUAAAACACAAAGAAAGAAAAGGAAAAGAGAGGAAAAAAAAUCCAACAGUACUAGUGCCCUUUCUUGUGAGCCUCUAAUAUUCUCUCUCCUUCACUCAGCUCCUUGCCUUCCAUUAUUUUAAUCUCUCUUCCGGCAAGUGUUUGGAGCGCACAAGCCAAAAGAGGAAGCAAAGCUUGGGGAGAGAAGGAGAUCGGAGAGAAAGAAUGGGGAGGGGGAGAGUUGAACUGAAGAGGAUCGAAAACAAGAUCAACCGCCAGGUAACCUUCUCCAAGCGCCGCAGCGGCCUGCUCAAGAAGGCCUAUGAGCUCUCCGUCCUCUGCGACGCCGAGAUUGCACUCAUCAUCUUCUCCAGCCGCGGCAAGCUCUACGAGUUCGGCAGCGUUGGCACAAGCAAAACUUUAGAGCGAUAUCAACGUUGUUGCUAUACAUCCCAGGAUUCUAAUUUUGCUGAUCAGGAGACACAGGUAUCAGGCAUGCUUUCAAUUUUUAUUCAAUAUUAUUUUGAAUAAUCUGAUGAUAAAAUG